GAUUUGGCCACGAACUACACCGUGAGGUGCCUUUUCGGCGAACCAAUGGGCUGGCGCACGCACUCCUGGAUAGAUUUCAUGUUGUGUGCACAGAACUGGCUGCAUAACGUGCUCAAUGUGACCGUGCGUCGGGUCAUGCCGCUCUCAUCUCACAAUGUCUUGCUCCAGGAACGUGUCCACGCGACGGUGGAGAAGCCGCGUUCGAGCACCGGCAAUGCUAAGGUAGACGUGUCGCAGCUGGCUGACAUCAAAACCCGGCAGCGAUUCACUGACAAGCUUGCCAACGUGCUUGAGGCUUUCGCCGCCGACGGGACGCCUGAUCAUGACGACGUGAAGCUAGCCUGGUGCCAGCUCGUAAACGCAUUCCACAAAACCUCGGAGCAG